GAGUGCGAUCUCAAACAUCAGUCCGUACAAUUACUCCGCCUGUAAUAACGAUAACUUCCUUAUCUACUACAUACAUUACUCCGACAACAAAACCUACACAAACCGCUGCUCCGAACAAUAAUAGUUCGAAUUCUGAUGGUACUACUAUAAAUAUUGCUAUAGUCAUAGCGGCUGUAAUGGUCGGAGCAGUAUCAACAGCGGGGAUAAUUUUAUUAAUUAGAAAAUAUAUUAAAAAGAAUAAGGGUCGGAGAGGUAGUUUUGAUGAUGAUUUUAAUAUACAAAUCAAGAAUGAAGAUAAUGAUCUUGCACAUGAUGUCGAUAUUGGUGGUUCUAGUAGUGAAAAUUAUGGAAUUUCUAACAGUCAACCAGGACUAAAUGCUAAGGGAACAGGAAGUGGAAAUUAUGGAAUUUCUAACAGUCAGCAAGUAUCAAGUUUUACGAGAACUGGAGCCGAUUAUUAUGGAAUUUCUAACAGUCAACAAGGAGUAAGUUACGGAUUUCCUAGCCAUCAAGGCCCAAACCCCAUGACGCCUAGUACUGGGUAUUACGGAAUUCCUGGAAACGGUCAAGGUUUAAAUGCUCCAGUAACUGGAGUUGGGCAUUAUGGAGUCCCCAAUUAUCAUCCACGUUCAAAUGUAAUAGCAACUGGAGAUGGACACUACGGAAUUACAGGUCAUCAUCAAACAAUGGGAUCUGGCAAUGGUUGGAAUAACGGAAUGCCUAGUCACCAAUCUCAUGGUUCUCACGCGCCCCUUCAUGUCGUCCCUAAUGCUUUCCCUAAUCCCUCAUCGCGUCCCGUCAAUUAUGAUGCAUCCUAUCAGUUUGAUAAUUCUUCUCGUAAUUGA